AUGUCAAAGAUUGAAGAGAUUGACUCCCGUGUUAAAUCAUACUUAUACGAUAUUGGCUAUCAUAGAUGGUUUAGAGUACAUGCUACGGUAAACAGAACUUGGACUAUGACAUCAAACAUUGCAGAGUCGUUGAAUGCUGUAACAAAAUAUGCAAGAGAGUUGUCGAUAGUAGAACUAUUAGAGUAUAUGAGGACCCUUCUUGAACGUUGGACGAAGGAAAAGUUAUUGAAAGCAAAGGGUACAUUCACAUACAUUGGGUUCAAAUUCAACAAAGAGUUGGAUAACAACAGAAUAUUGUCGCACAAGCUUAGAGUGAGAGCUUCAACAGACUACAUCCAUACAGUACUAGAUGGUGUGAGGCGUUAUAUUGUUUGUUUUGAAAAUAAGAGAUGUAGUUGUAGGCAAUUCCAGCUUGACGAACUUCCUUGUCCACAUGCUUUGGCUGCUUUAAGACACAAGGAUGAGUCUUUUGAACAAUAUUGUUCUCCUUAUUACACAAGGGCGAUCCUCUUGCGUACUUAUAAAAUACCAGUAAAUCCCCUGCCUGAUGAAAGCAAAUGA